AUGGUUGUCAGCCCCCUGCCUCGUUCAGAGCUUGAUGUCCUGCUGCAACCAGAUACCAGUACCUACGCCAAUCACCCCUGCCUCUCUAAGACUUUCCGUCAGGUUGGCCGGGCCAGCAUUAACAACACCAUUUUAGAGUUAGAGAAAUCAAAUGACAUGGAGGCAGACACAUCACUGAAGUGUUUAACGUGCCAUCUUCACAUAAAAGCAGACCGCUGUAGAAGAGGUUUUGGUGUCUGUACUGCUCAGGAGGAUGAGAUGUGCAUGAGUUUAAAGAUCUACAAGGAUAACGAGCUCCAGCUAGCAUAUAUGGAGUGUCAGAAAUUCUGCAAAGCCCAACAAGUUAAACGCAAUGGUCGGACUUAUGUGCAUAGUUGCUGUACCAACAACUAUUGUAACAGCAAAAUCUAG